UGGGCUCUUCGCUCCUGCCUGGAGCUGUGCCCAGGCACGGAUACCGCUGCUCUGCACCCUCCGGGGAGCAGCUAGCCUUCACCAUCCUCUGACGUGUGCAGGAAUGUGGCUUGGAGCCUAAAGCUGCGAUGUGGAUCCCAGCUUCUGCGGAGCUGAGUUGACUUUUGAGAGUGACGGCAUAGAAGCAGCUCCGGGUUCGAAUGGCCGCGUCCGGCCCGGCCCUCAGCGCCGGGGGCUGGCACCCUCUGGGCGGGGCUGGGGCUGCACCACCUUCCGAGGCUCUCCGAGCAGCAAAUGCACCUGCUGCUCCUGGUGGUGUGCCAACAGAAACUGCAAAGCAGGGAUGCAUUCCCACUCUGCUGCCCAACAAAUGCCUGUGGGGACUGAACAAGGAGCUCCUGUUCCUGCGUGCACCGUCUGUGGGGACAGCCACCCGCAGCUGCCGGCCCUGGCUGAGGCUGUGCACUGCAGCUUGGGGGUCGAGGACCACAGCAGAGAGAAAAGGGUAAAUCGGAUCUGAAAUCAUCUGUGCAAGUGCAAGAGGGGAUUUUCUCUAGGGCAAGACUCUUGUUAAAGUUGGAAGUUCUCCCUGUGGACCAACACAUCCCCCUUCUGUGAGCAGAUUUCUCCUGGAAUGCUGAGGAUUUGUUUAUGGUAUUUAUAGAAGUUUGAAACUGCUUCGUCCCAAAUUACAGCAGCUCUUGAAGCAGUGGGGAUUCUGCCAACGAAUAACGUCAUUGCCCAGGGUGCACGGUAGACAGCAGCUACCAGACACGGGUAAUUGGAACUUCAGGACUUCCAAAUCAACUGACCCAAGAUUCCACCCUUCCACCAAAAGAACUAUCAGCAGUGCAAGAUGUAAUCCAGUUUGUGCACAGGCUCCAGGGGCAAGUAGGACUCAUGAGUUGCGCUGGAAACAGAAGAUAGAGGGAGUGUAGGAGCUCGCCAUCUCCAAGCGAUCUACAUUGGGAAAAACAUGGAGUCGGCUCCGGCAGCCCCCGAUCCAGCAGCCAGUGAGCCGGGCAGCAGCGUUUCCGAGGCGGCCGCCGGCGCCAGGGACACCCCGGUGAACCUGGAGCCUGCCCGGAAAAGCGAUGCGCCGGCUCCCGUCCGCAGGCAGAGCUACUCCAGCAGCAGCGGCAGCAGAGGUAUUUCCGUAACAAAGAAGACUCAUACGUCUCAAAUUGAAAUUAUUCCAUGCAAGAUCUGUGGAGACAAAUCAUCAGGAAUCCAUUAUGGUGUCAUUACAUGUGAAGGCUGCAAGGGCUUUUUCAGAAGGAGUCAGCAGAGCAAUGCCACGUACUCGUGUCCUCGGCAGAAGAACUGUCUGAUCGACCGGACCAGUCGGAACCGCUGCCAGCACUGUCGCUUACAGAAAUGCCUUGCUGUGGGGAUGUCUCGGGAUGCUGUAAAGUUUGGUCGAAUGUCAAAAAAGCAGAGGGACAGCCUGUACGCCGAGGUGCAGAAACACCGAAUGCAGCAGCAGCAGCGGGAUCACCAGCAGCAGCCAGGAGAGGCAGAACCGCUCACACCAACAUACAAUAUCACCACCAAUGGGUUAACAGAGCUACAUGACGACCUCAGUAAUUACAUUGAUGGGCAUACCCCUGAAGGUAGCAAAGCAGACUCUGCAGUUAGCAGCUUCUACUUAGACAUACAGCCUUCUCCAGAUCAGUCGGGUCUUGAUAUUAAUGGAAUCAAACCAGAACCAAUAUGUGACUACACACCAGCAUCGGGCUUCUUCCCUUAUUGUUCUUUUACAAAUGGGGAGACCUCUCCAACUGUGUCCAUGGCAGAAUUAGAACAUCUUGCACAGAAUAUUUCCAAGUCACACAUGGAAACUUGCCAGUACUUGAGAGAGGAGUUACAGCAGAUAACAUGGCAAACUUUUCUGCAGGAGGAAAUUGAGAACUAUCAGAACAAGCAAAGGGAGGUAAUGUGGCAGUUAUGCGCAGUCAAAAUAACAGAAGCUAUACAGUAUGUAGUGGAAUUUGCCAAACGCAUUGAUGGCUUUAUGGAACUGUGUCAAAAUGAUCAAAUUGUGCUUUUAAAAGCAGGGUCUUUAGAGGUUGUGUUCAUCAGAAUGUGCCGUGCCUUUGACUCCCAGAACAACACAGUCUACUUUGAUGGCAAGUAUGCUAGCCCAGAGGUUUUCAAGUCCUUAGGUUGUGAAGACUUCAUUAGCUUUGUGUUUGAAUUUGGAAAAAGUUUAUGUUCUAUGCACCUGACAGAAGAUGAGAUAGCUUUGUUUUCUGCAUUUGUUUUAAUGUCAGCAGAUCGCUCAUGGCUUCAGGAGAAAGUAAAAAUUGAAAAACUCCAACAGAAGAUCCAGCUAGCACUUCAGCACGUCCUACAGAAGAACCACCGAGAAGAUGGAAUUCUAACAAAGUUAAUAUGCAAAGUGUCUACUUUAAGAGCACUGUGUGGACGACAUACAGAAAAGCUUAUGGCAUUUAAAGCAAUAUACCCAGACAUUGUGCGACUUCAUUUUCCUCCACUUUACAAGGAGUUGUUCACUUCAGAGUUUGAGCCAGCAAUGCAAAUUGAUGGGUAAACGUAUCACCUAAGCACUUCUAGAAUGUCUGAAGUACAAACAUUAAAACAAAAGAAAGGAAAAAAAAAAAAGGAAAAAAAAAAAAAGAAAGAAAACCAAGACACUUUAUAUGGCCCUGCACAGACCUAGGGAGCCAACACACUGCACAUCUCUUGGCGGUCGGGGUCAGGCGAAGGAUGGGAAACAAUGAAACAAAGUUGAACUUGUUUUUCUCAUGCAUAUGAUUUCCAUUAUGCCUACAAAUAUGGACCCUUUUUCUGUCUCAACUUCUCAAUCCUUGACCUCUGUUUACACAGACUGAGGGUACUAAUGUCAGAAGGUUGUUUUCUCCUGUAGUUCACUGCCCAGACUUUUGACAGAACAAUCAAUUUGUUGGUCAGAACAGAGUCCACCUAGUAAUCAGCGACUGGUGUGCGUUGCAGAGAUUUCAGCAUCAGUUUGCACAACUUGCUCAUUGUUUCAUGAAGGACGAUUUUUUCUCACCUACCACUGUUUGCCAGUAGACAGAACGGCAUGAAAAGGGUCCAUAGCAAUAGCAACAAUAGCAUUAUAAUAUAUUACAGGGUAAAUGGGCAUGAAGACUAUAUAUAGCAAAAGAGAUAUUGUUUAUAUAUUGUUUUAAUUAAUAUAAAAUGUAGUUACUGGUAUAGCUUUUCUUGUUGAAUUGAUAAGGCACUUUCAUUUUGCACCUUUUUCUUUAAAUUAAAUGCUAGCGUGUUCAUUGUUGUGUUGCAUGUGCACCAGAAAUUCAAGUUUAACUGAAAAAAGGUUUGGCAGGUACUGGUACAUUGGGAGGUAUUUAUGCUGCUGUUUUCCAUGUUACUUUUAAAGAGAGGCUGGUCAUAUCCUGAAAUGGUUACAAAUUUUUUUAAAGAGUUGAAAAUAAUGACAAUUUUCUACAUUAAAAUAAUCUUUUCAAAAGUUAAAUUCAAAGGUACUUUUAUUUUCAAAUCUUUCAAACCUGGUUGUUUCAAAGUCAGAAGCCUCAUUUUCAAAGGUUCUGAGUUUCCACUGUCAGGGUUGAACUAAUUAAUUAUAGAUCAUUUACGAAUUAGUAACACAGCAUCUGUGAAAAUCAGGCUAUUAAACAGUGUAUUUCUGCCCACCAUAAGUCCAGGUUUGAAAGUAUUUAUUCAAGCCUGUAUCUACAGUAAAAGUAUGUGUGUAUGACAUGCUUGUGGAAAAGUAAUUUUUAUACAUAAUAUUACAUACUUUUGUACUCCAUAUGGUAAACAAUGCCUUCAAAUGCCAAGCUGUAGCCUAUCAAAAUCUAUAAGUUUGUCUUAGACUUCAGUGAGAUGAAACACACUGACACCCAGUUCUUCCAGCAGCCAGCAGUUCAGUUUCAGGGAGCUGAACAGAGAAGUCUGUUCUCUCCUUGUUUAAAAAGAUGCACUUUAAAGUUGAUCAGAUGGAGACAGACUAAGAAAGGAAAAACAUACUGUUGCUAGGAAGCAUUCGUUUGUACUCAGUACAAGCCUGGAAAUCAUUAAUAUCAGAAAUCUGCAUUCUGUAAUUCUGAUUCCUGUAUUGCAUAACCAACCAAUAAGCUGAAUCUUGCAGUGUUAUUAAUUACCAUUCCCUUCAGGAGGAAUUCUGUCUCUGAGCAAAGCUGGCAGUAAAUGUAGUUCUGAAGGAAGCAGAUUCACAUAAACGGCAUCACAAAUUAAACUGUGGCUGUUUGAGCCAAAGGUGUAUAAUUGGGUUUGGAUGAGAUGAAGAUGCAUAACUGUAUGCCCUGUAGGCCAUCACAGAUGCAGUUUUGAUGAAGUAGCUAAGAAAAAGCUGGGAACAUCAAAAAAUGAAAAGGAGUGGGACAUAAUGUGCCCUACUGCUUUAACUUCCAAGGGUAAACAAUCCCUUAUGUAUGUUACGAUUGUUGAGAAGUAACAAGUGAAUAGAAGCACACCGAAGCCCAAGUAUAUUUUUAAAAGGAGAAUCAGAUCAGCGGGUUCUUACUAGCAAAAUAUAGGUUUAUUCUAUGAUUUGAACAUGUUUCCUUUGGGGUCAAAUUGAGACAUUUAUUUGAGCAUGUUUCCUUUGGGGUCAAAUUGAGACAUUUAUCUGUGACACUUACUAGAAAUGUUCCAGUGUAGCACAUCAGGGAAGGUUACAGCUAUCCCUCAUCUCUAGGCUUUGAAAGGAGGGCUGGAGGAGAGCACCACACUUCGUCCUCAGAGCAGUGUGUCCCAGAGCGUGGGAGGGGAACACCUGCAGCGCCAUGAGCACUGGGAUGGGGCAGGAGAAGGCUUUUGGAAAAGGUCCAUAGAGCUGUCUUUUUCCUGCUCCAUCCUGCCUGCUCCUGAGGAGGUGGCUCACAGCCCAGCACAUGCUCUCUCCACUCCCACUGAAACACCUUUCCUAGGAUCAUUGUUUACUUUAUUGGAGUAACUGGCAUAAUAUGGUACUUGCAUUCUAAUGUGUGUUCCUAUUUUUGAAGCACCCCUUUUAACUAACAAAUAUUUUCUGAAUGUGACCAGCCUUAGGUGCUAGUCCUGUAAAGAUCAACUAAACUUAAUCUCAGUGUCAACUAAUGAAUAGUGAAGUAAGACGUACUUUUUUAGAGAGUGAGAUACACCUCCUACUUCUGACAAUGUAGACUACCAGGGAAAAUAUUUGGGGAUUAGUUUUCAGUCACAUCCUGUUCUUACCUUUUCACGAUGAAUAUUAGUACUUUACCAGACAUCUAGGUGCCAGUGUUUUUGUUCGGAAUCUGUUUAGCAUAUUUACAUUCAUAAAUCAUUGACAAUAUACGUCUUGGAGCAUUUUCUAAUAAAACACGUAACAAUAAAAAGGUUUUAAAUAGGGCCUUAGCUGAGAGUGGUAUUCCAGGCCAGAAAAUACUGUUGUUUUUGUUUGUAGGAGCUCAUGUGUACUGGGACCUUGUUAAAUCAGGCUGAACAUACACACCCCAAGUUAACUGUGCUUUCCUGGUCAGUUAACAGCCACUUGGCAACAGAGUAUAAUUUGUGGGUUGCUCUUCAUGGAUGGGGAGAAAAGGGAUACAGCACAGCAGACCUACAGAUAAGACAUCUGUUGCCAAGGUGGCCUUUAUGCAAGGGGACUCGGAGUAACACCAGAGAUGGCCAUGUAAGAACCCAGCGCAACAGAGGAAAUGCCCUCUGCAAAACCCCUGGGACCGUGGCCUGGUAUCAUGUGAUCAUCCAGAUAUAAAACACUGGAGGUCAAUGGAUAUUCACAUGAGUAUUUUUAUCAUCUACCCAGUUCACUAAAAAUAAAAACACUAGGAUGGCUGAACAUAAUAUUUUAAGUUUUGAUGACCUAGUGCUUAGAGUCUGCAAAGAUAUUUUCCUGGGGAGUUAUAUAAAUUGGAGAUGUUUUCUGGCUUUCUAGGAAGAGCUACUAGACUAUACUGUCAUCUGAACCACCCUAAUAUAUGUCAUCACCUCCAGCAUUUUUUGACGUAUGGAGUUAGGUAAAAAGGGAGGCUGGUUUUAAGUUUGGUUGUUCUUUAUUAGCUGAUCUUAGUAUGAAUACCAAGAUAUCUGUGUAUGUGCACCUGUGUGUGUGUGAGAGUCCGUUGUGUGCGCACAUGAGUGUAUGUGUGGGACGUGUGAGCGGCUGCUUCUAGGCUGUUAAGUGUCAAUGGAAUAAAGAAAAUGUAUUCAAAAUACUUAAGUCAAAAAUAGAAGGUGGUAAAAAGAUUUAUUCUAUACAAAGCCUUGUCUGGACCACUUUAGAGAGACUUCUAUUUUUUUAACCCUUCUAUAAAUGUUUGAUGGCACUUGAAAUAUUCCUGCAAUAAAAUGUGAUUUGUGUAAACAUUAAAAAAAAAGAUUUUGUAAUGUGAAACAAUGAAAGAAAGUAAUGUAAUUUUUCUAAAAAACUAAAAAAAAAAACCACAAACGAACGAACUUUGUAUUAUUUUCUUGAUGGAAUUUGUCUAUUUGUCUUUGGAAAACUUUUUAUUUCAUUGAAUGUGCCAUAGUAGAGGUGCGUUUUUCUUUUUCUUUCUUUUUUGUUUUUAAUUUUUACAUUUUAGAUUAAAGGAAUAGCUGUGUUCCGACAUUCCAAAAUGCAAGAUGGCAUAGCAGUCAUGAUUAAAAGGUUUGAUUAGUAAGCUUCAAUCAUUGUUGCUUUUUUUGCACAUGUUCUUCAUUCCUCUACAGUGCAAUAUGUACAUAGAGCACUUGCGGGUGUAACCUUGAUCCCUCAGGGAAAAAUACAUAUUUGUACAGGAUUUUUCUUUUUUUUGCCUUUUUUCUUUUCCUUCCUUUUUUUCUUUUUUCUUUUUUCUUUUUUUUUUUUUUUGCUAAGGAAUGUCGAUUGAAUCACUUGUCUGUUGUUGAGGGGCAGCCAGAUAAUAAUCCUAAACCACUGUCACAAAACAUUGAUUGUUUAAAUUUUGUGCCCUUUUAUUAUUUAAGAAAGAAAAAUAAAAGUUAUUUUCUGACAGUUCUUUGUGCUGAUUGGUGAGAAAAAGGGUAAAUAGAUAAGCACCUUAUGAUUGACUUAACUGUGAAUGACAAUCCAUCUCGUUACCAACAAGAGAAGCCCUAUCAUUUUGGAGCUGGGGUUAUACGUCAGAAACUAAUGUGCUCAGGGAUCUUCUAAAACUCUUCAACAGGGUGGCCAGUACUGCUGGUGGAACAAAUUACUUUUUAAAAAAUAUGCUAGUAUUUCUUCCCUUUCCCCCUGCCCCCAGGCACAAGAGAACUGGAUUUUUUUUUUUUUUUUUGAUUUUUUUUUUUUUUUUAACUAAAUGCUCUAUGUGUGCCUCAUUCUCUUGCUCACUCUUGCAGUAGAGCUGAUUUUUGGUUGGUAUUGUGCUCAAAACAGAAGUACUCCAAAGAGUGCAAAGAUUUUACAAUUAUAUUUUAGAAAAUAAAUGCUGACACACUAAAUAAAUGAUUGAAAUUAAUUUCAAUACCCUCUGGACAUUUUUAUAAUUAUAGGACUACUUUUCCAGCUGAAAUUCAGUGUUCUGCAAUAGAAACCAGCUUUUUAGUAUUUCAGUUAUUGUCAAAGAAAAUGAAUCCAUUUGUGAGGAUACAGUAAGAAGGAAAAGGUCGUGGUUAGGUUUCAGCGGUGAAGUCUCAUAGAAAGGAACACAGAUCUGCAGGAAUACAAGAACAACACUUCAAAUGUUGUCUGUCAUUGUUGCAGAUGUUUCAUCGUAAAGCCAAAACCUGACUGAAAAGAAACACUGAGGCUGAAGGAAUUUUCAUAUCUAGUACAUCAAAUACAGCAAUUCCAAGUGAUUUUACAAUGACACCAAAACCCAGCAAUGUUUAGAAGUCUCCCAGUGCCAAACUAUAGGAUGCUGGAAGCCUGUCCCAAUUAGCUUUGUUUUAUGGCUUCACAUUCUUUGAAAAAUGUAAGUAGAAAAGCAAAUAAACAACUACAAACAAAAUGAGUAAGACUUCAGCACUUUGGUUACAUUGGAAAGAGAGUGAUUUCUCCAUCUAAUCUGUCUGCUUGAAGAAAGCCCCAGUUUUCUGGUAUUUUUGAGGGUUUUUUCACGGGUGUACAGCUUCCAGUUGUUUCCUUUAGAUUGCUUAAUAAAUAGGGAAACUGUACUUACAGUUUCACAGGCUGCCAGUCAAGUUUAACUUGGAAUGGCUUUCCGAGGCAGACAGGCACUUAGCAAGUUAUGAUCAGUUGGUGUUCUGGCAUCUGCAGAAGAAGAGAAUUCCUAUUGCUGAUUCACAGUGGACCCUACUCUUUAGAUACUUGCACAUCAAUUAAACAAUCUUACAAUGGACAACCCAUGAGAUGUUUUAACUGUGUUGUGGGAUGAUCCAACCAUUACAGUAGCAUUUUUUGGAUUGGCAUAGACAAUCCCCAGUCUGUACUUGAUGAACAAAACAGGUUACACAGUGUAAGCUGUGCAAAUGGCAUGUAUUUUUUUCCUAGACAUUCCUAACUCCUCAAUGUAGAUAAACCUAUUAAUGUCAGAAACAGCACUUACUAUACAAUAUCCAAAAAUAAUAAGCAAUUUUCUCUUGAGUAUUCAUUGUAUGGAAUUUUACCUGUGCUAGCUGAUUCAGAUUGCACAGAACGUCUUUAUUUUCCUUAGCUGGAGAAAUAUAACUAUUAGAAUUAUUUUUUAAUUAUUAAUACUAAUAAUAUUUAUUACUUUUAAAGUUACAUCCAUUAAUAUAUUUGAAUUUUAGCCUCUUUCUUUUUGUUUAAAUAUUCCUGUCAGUAAAUCAUUUGGUGGAAAUGAGGGCAAAUGCAUACAGAUACCAAAUAGAACAACAAAAAGAAAAGUUUUAAAAUGUAAAUGAAUAUUUAUUUUAAAAUCCUUGCAGUAUGUGCUUUAAUUCUAGUACUGUGAUAAUGGCUUGCUACAUAACGCUAAGUCACUGGACUGGAGGGGAAAAAUACGUAACAUAAUAUACAGCGUUUCUCUGGAACUUUAUUCAGGUACUAAGUAGAAUUCUAACAUCUAAACAGAAGCUGUAUUCUACCUUUUCCAUCUAUAAUGUUGCUGUUUGGUUUGGGUGUGGUUUUUUUUUGCCUUUAUCAUUGGUAGAAUAUAGCAAUAACUUUAUAGCAAUAAGUAGGCUAUCCAAAUAAGAAACAAAACAUGAUAAAGGCUUCAGAUCAAUACUCAUAGGCUCACUUCUUCUGCCACAAUAUUCACUUGUAUGUCUUCCCUCAUAAUCUUAUUACUUCUUCAAGCUGAACUUCACAAUCAGGUUGUUCAACUUGACGUGUGACAUCACACUUUGUUAACAUCUGCAUGUUUUCAGUGUUCACAUGUUCUAUGUAUUCUUGUGUUCCUAUGUUAGUGUUUCUCAAGGUUUCUGAAAGCACAAUCUCUGUGAGCUACAUUUCUGCACAGGGCUCUCUGUGUUGGAAUUGACUUACGUUUCCUGGGGCAGGGAGUGUGAAUCAGCUGGAAUUAUUGGCAGCAUUUCCUAACUGGAGGAACCAAGCUGCCGCAGGUCCAUGGGAACUCUCCGGCCACUGCAAAUGCAAAGUGCGGUCCCCGGCCGGCUCUUGCAGCUCCUCCAGGCCGUGGGGCUGAGCUGCAGCUCCAGAGUUCCUUGCUCAGCGCGCUCCUGUAGCCAGCACGAGCAUGUGAACCGCACUGGAGAGCCUGCACUUCGCAAAGAACCGAGUGGGGUGUGCCUGGCAGGGUGUUUUGAUCAUAAUCUAAACACUUGGGCAGCGUUCUAACAACCAGUUGUGACUUUCGGUUUGAGAAACACUACCCUGAAUUAGCCCACAAAGUCUUAAUGUAGAUGCACAAACUUUACAGGAACUUGCAAUCUGUAAUGCUAUCUAUAUCUAAUGCAGAGAAUUCAUAAGCAAUACAGUGAAUUUUAUUUCACAAAAAGGCAUACGUACUGUACACCUUUUUAAAUCCAAAAUGUUCCUCAUUUCUACAUUGAUUUAGAAACAAGUUACGGAACAGUGGUCACUAUUUGAAGUAUUAGGACAUUAACUGGCUGCUUCUUUAUAUGUAACUGUAUUGUCUGCCUGCUCCUUUUCUGGAGAUGUGUUUUUGUAUUGGAUGUUUGGGCCAAUGGGAGGCUUCAAGCUACAAUGUAUUUUCCCAGAUUAAAUAUAUUUAACAUAUGACAAACCCCAGACAAGGCUUUUUAAAAUGUAUAAAGAACUGCAGUAUUAGGUGGUUUAUUUGCAAACUGUUUUCAAUGUUGUCCAUUUUUAUGGCACCUUUAACAAUAUUCUUGUUUCCAAAGUACAAAAAAAGAAAAAAAAAAAAAAAAGGUUAAAAAUAUUCUAGCCAUAACUGAAUGUCAAGCAAUAAAAACAAAUGACUUUUUGUGCAUAGAUUUAAAAGAAAUACAAGUUUUAGACAUCUGCAUGUAAAUGCAAUCUCUUGUUUACUGCUUUCUUAAACUUGAGCAACUGAUUCCUUAUUUUACUACUAAUUUAAGGACUUGUAAUGGCCUGUAAACAUUUUAUCUUGCUCUAUUCUUUCAACUCUAACUUUGUCUCUGCUUUGGAGUCAUAAUAUUUAAUGUUGUUCUGCUCACCUCUAUACAGUUAACCUUUUGCUUUCAUUCUGUAUAGAUAAAAUUAUACUAUAAACAGCCUACACAGUGCAAAUAUUUAUCUGUUUAUCAAAUACCACAUUAUGCUGUAUAAUAUCUGUUUUACUAUAUAAUCUAUUUUAGACAUAGCUGUUUAGAACUAGAGUGUGCUAUUUUUGUGUUUUUCUGAUGUGUGGUGCUAGAUAAGUUACUUUUGUGAACAAAAACAAACAAACCCCUUUUAUUCCUAGACAAUACCACCUUUGGGUCUUGUUAAUUUCACUGAGUAUAACUAUAUAUAAAUAUAUAUAUUUGUGUAUAUAUAUAUAUAUACACCAACAUAUGCCCAACAAGUACCUGUAUCAGAGUACAAGAUUUGGGACAUGGUUUUCUCUUUAAAUGCAUAGUGUCAUUAUAUAAAUUAUUCUAUAGUAUAUUUAAUAAGGAGAAAAUUACUUCACCGGUACAGAUACUUGAUAUCAAAUGUAGAAUUUUUUUCUACAUUAUUAACAUUAUUAAUGAUUAACGUUAUUAAAAUUGUUCUGUCCAGCUUGUUAUCCUUUUGGUUACUAAAACAGUCUGCCUGUAUUGUAUAAAAAAUAAGAAAAAGAUCUAAUCUGCCAGUAUAAAAUAAUUUUAAUAUGCUGUCUGUGUGAAAGGGAGGUAGUUAUUUGGCUUGUUGGGAGAAUUCUAUCCUGUUGUUGCAUCAGAAAUUUAUAGAUGUUAUUCUGCUGGGUGCCUUCCUCCCUCCUCACUUUAAAUAGGAUCUGUACACACUCAGACUGCGGAUGUUACUGGGCCAUGCCUACACACUUAACUCCAGUGACUGUAAAUAGGAACGUUGUGUAAAUCUGCCGCGAUAGAUGGAUGGCUAAAUUCAGUCCCCGGAUAUGCUUUAUACACCACGCAUACAUAUCCAAGGACAGCCAGUAGCAACUAAAGUUGAUUUAAAAGUGGAAUUUGCAACAUUUUGUCAGGUAUGGGGGUUUUGUUUUUAUUUUUUCAUGUAUACCUUAAUUUACGUAGUCAUAUACCCUUCAAAAUAUUCCUAUCCCCUGUUCCUUUCAUUCUAGAUACUGUUUUCAUGUUAAUUCUUAAAAACUGAUGGAUAUCAAAUAUCUAACUAAGGAGGUAAUUAACCUUUUAAAUAUUUAUUAGAAUUUUUCUGUAAUAUUACUGAAUUUAUAAGAUCUUUAGCAAAGAUUUUUGAGCAAUUUAUUAAUAACAAUGUUUCUGUUUACUGCACUUUUUGAUAAUAGAAGGUAGUGAAUUUUAAAGCCAUGGUUCUUGGCUUCCAUGCACUGCUUUUAUACCCUCAAUCCAAGGAAUAUAUAUAUAUAAAUAAUUUUUUUUAAACAGCAAACAUACUGUUGACCUAAAAACAAAAACAAACAUUACUGCACCAUGGGUAUAUUUUCAUAAGUGGAAUGUUUAACUGCAAACACUAUCAGGACAAUUAUAAAAACCUCUUGAAGCUACAAUCUUAUUUAAAUAUAAGCCAUGACAAUUUUGUUUUCCCGUCUUGAUUUAAGUCACCUUUUGAUAUUUUCAAAGAGAAAAGGACUCACUCUUAAAUUUGUAUGUACCAACCCAUAAUGCCAGGAACACAUUCUCCCUAUUGUUUUAAUAGUUUGAUAUAUUUAUGCAAAUCCAUUUGGUUAACAUUUAUCCUCCCUCUUUACUAAACGUUCAACGUACCAACGCCAGAAUAAAUGCUGAUUACAAAUACACAUCAGAUUGAAGACGAAGCACACAGACUUAAAAACCUCGUUGAGUGAUAUGCUCAAAUUUCUGUAAAUACACACAAGUUUAAUGCAAUAUACUGUACAUGUAAAUAUGUGCUGUCUGUUAUGUGUACAGUAUGUAUAAAUUCCUUUUCUAGCCACAAUAAAAUGUAAGCCAUCAAGAGGAAUACUAAAGUGGUAUUGUACUAAACCUUUGCUAAUGAUCUUUACCCAAUCACUUCACUGUUCCCUUCCAUAGACCUUUCCAACUCACUCUUACGAUAGCCUGCUUAUAUUCAAGUUUGUUAUUUUACUUGGUCCCGAGAAAAGUAUUUUGAUUCAUUUUGUAAAUAUGACUGUAAAAAUAAGAGAUUUAAUGUUGUCUUUUAAAUACUCCAAUUUUCAUUCUAAUAUGAAUGUUGUUAUAUUGUACUUAGAAACUGUACCUUUAAUAUUACAUUACCUUUAUUAAGUGCAUUGAACACAUCGAUUUUAGAUGUGCUUUAUGUACUGUUAUCCUGUAAUAAAACUUCAGCUUCUAAUGGAAAAA